GAAGAACUCCUCCUCUAGUCUGUAUUUUGUGGUCCGUACCUGUCACAUAAUAUUUAGUCCAGCGUCUUAAGCGCUUCCCUUUAAACGUUUAUGACUCGCGUUCUUCAUGCAGUGGCUUUUCUAGAGCGUUCUUGAGAGUCUAGCCAUCUGCCAAUCUGCUCUUCGGCGCGCGAGGAGGACGAGGGGGAAAUAAGAGAAGGAGAGAGGGACUAUUCGAUACUGAACCGGACACAUGUUGAGUUAACGGACCGUUCCUGCUCCCUCCGCCUCCCUCAGCGGAUUCGCAGUCUGCUUUUGAUUCCCGAGCAGGGAACCGGUUCAGCUUCGCUUCCAUAACCCCGUUUGAACUAUGGACUCGAAUAAAAUGGCAGUGAGCAUCAACAAAGCCAUCAACACACAGGAGAUUGCUGUCAAAGAGAAGCAUGCCAGGACGUGCAUAUUGGGCACGCAUCAUGAGAAGGGGGCUCACACAUUCUGGCUUGCUGUCAACCGCCUGCCCCUUUCCAGCAAUGCUGUGCUCUGUUGGAAAUUUUGCCACGUCUUCCACAAGCUGCUGAGGGACGGCCAUCCAAAUGUCAUUAAGGACUCCAUGCGGCACAAGGCUGACCUGAACGACAUGAGCAGGAUGUGGGGUCAUCUGAGUGAAGGCUACGGCAAGUUGUGCAGCAUCUACCUCAAACUGCUCAUCACCAAAAUGGAGUUUCACAUCAAAAAUCCUCGUUUCCCAGGCAACCUUCAGAUGUCAAACAGACAGCUUGAUGAGGCGGGUGAGAACGACGUCAAUAAUUUCUUUCAGUUGACGGUGGAGAUGUUUGAUUACUUGGAAUGUGAGCUGAACCUUUUCUUAGGCGUGUUCAGCUCGUUGGAUAUGUCUCGCUCCGUGUCGGUGACGGCAGCCGGUCAGUGUCGUCUGGCCCCUCUUAUCCAGGUCAUUCUGGACUCUAGUCAUUUGUAUGACUACACCGUUAAACUGCUCUUCAAACUCCACUCCUGUCUGCCAGCAGAUACUCUGCAGGGCCACAGGGAUCGCUUCCAGGAGCAGUUUAAGAAGCUGAAGAGUCUGUUCUAUCGCUCCAGUAACCUGCAGUAUUUCAAGAGACUGAUUCAGAUCCCACAACUUCCUGAGAAUCCGCCAAACUUCCUGCGGGCAUCAGCUCUCUCCGAGCACAUCAGUCCAGUGGUGGUGAUUCCGGUGGAGUCUUCGUCCCCUGAGAGCGAACAUGUUCUAGAGACAGAAGACCUGGUGGACACGGACAUCCCACCUUUACCGUGCACUGUGGACACCAAAUUCGACGACCUCUUUGGCACCUCAGCUGCUACAGACCCGUUCAACUUCAACAGUCAGAACGGCAUGCGUAAAGAUGAGAAAGACCGUUUGAUUGAGCAGCUCACAGCAGAGCUACAGGCCCUGAAAGAGGAGCUGGAGUCCUUCAGAUUGGAGAGUGGCCGUCUUUGUCAAGCACUGCGGGGGCGUGUGAAUGAGCUGGAGGCGGAGCUUGCGGAGCAGACUCACCUGAAGCAGCAGGCAUUGGGUGAGAGCGAGUUCCUGAGGGUGGAGCUAGACGACCUGCGCAGAGUCAAAGAGGACACCGAGAAAGAGCAGCGCAGCGUGAGCGAAAUCGAGAGAAAAGCACAAGCUAAUGAGCAACGCUACACCAAGUUAAAGGAAAAAUACACGGAGCUGGUCCAGAGCCACGCUGACCUGCUGAGGAAGAAUGCCGAGGUGACGCGUCAGAUGACGGUGGCCCGUGCCGCCCAGGAUGAGGUGGACAAUGUGAAAAAAGAGAUGCAGGACAGAUUGAAAGCCGCUCAGGAUACUGCCAGUCAGCAGGAGAAGACUCAGUUAGAGCAGCUUCAAGCUCUACAAGCCGAGCUCAUGUCCAGCAGAUCUGAGCUAGAGACCCUGAAGAGUACCAUCACCUCCUCCCAACAGUCAAACGAGCAGCUCGGUACUCAGCUGUCUGCUCUGGAGGCUGAGAAGACGGGACUUAUGGAGACUGUAUCUCAGAAGGAGGCGGAGCUAGCCAGUUUGGGGGUGGAGUUAGAGCGUGUGCAAAGCAGUCUGACCAAUGAGAGGGAGAGUGGUGUGAAAUCUGCUGAGGCCCUGCAAAACCAACUCAAUGAGAAGGAGAGUCGUGAGCAGGCUCUGGAGAGCGAGCUGGUCUCUCUGCGCUGGGCGGCUCUGCGGGCAGCACUAGAGGAGGCGGGGAGGAUCGUACAGGACAGCUUGAAUCAGCUAGACGACCCCGCGCACAUCAGCUGCACCAGUUCAGCUGAUUACCUGGUGUCCAGGUGCCAGGUGGCUCUGGACUGCGUGGAGAGACUGCAGUCGGCCAGAAACGGCUUUGUAUCAGAUAACACAGAUGUGUCUGGACUGGUGCGGGCAGUGACUCAGUUCGCUCACCUGGUGGGCGAUGUCAUCGUGCAGGGCAGCGCCACCUCCCAUAUGGUGCCGGUGGAGCAAGCUGACGCAUUGGCAGACAACGUGAAGGCGUGUGGCGCAGAGGCCCUGGCGUUGCUCUGCCAGCUCAAGGAGCAGGAGUCUAUGGGGACGGCAGAUUGCUGCCGGCUGAGGGCGGCACUGGAUACCGUGAUGGCCUUGGGCGAGAAGUUGCGUCCUCGGGGUCUAGAACUGCAGCAAGGGGAGCUGGGAGAUCUGGUGGAGCAGGAGAUGGCAUCCACAUCGGCAGCUGUGGAGUCAGCCGCCGCCAGGAUUGAGGAAAUGCUCAAUAAGUCCAGGGCGGUUGACACUGGAAUCAAAAUGGAAGUCAAUGAAAGGAUCUUGGCGUCCUGCACAGAUCUCAUGCAGGCCAUCAAAGUGCUGGUGCUGUCCUCCAAAGACCUGCAGAGGGACAUCGUGGAGAGCGGCAGGGGGGCCGCAUCUAUGAAGGAGUUCUAUGCCAAGAAUUCCCGAUGGACGGAAGGUCUCAUUUCCGCCUCCAAGGCCGUGGGCUGGGGUGCCACCAUGUUGGUUGAUGCAGCUGAUCAGGUGGUGCAAGGCAAGGGCAAGUUUGAGGAGCUGAUGGUGUGCUCACAUGAGAUCGCCGCCAGCACGGCUCAGCUGGUCGCAGCUUCUAAGGUAAAAGCUGACAAGGACAGUCCAAACCUUUCCCGUCUCCAGCAGGCUUCCAAAGGGGUCACCCAGGCCACAGCGGGGGUCGUGGCAUCAACCAAGUCCGGCAAAUCUCAGAUCGAGGACAAAGAAACUAUGGACUUUUCUGCAAUGACACUCACUCAGAUCAAGAGGCAAGAGAUGGAUGCACAGGUUCUGGUGCUGGAGCUGGAGACUCGGCUGCAGAAAGAGCGUGAGCGACUGGGUGAACUGAGGAAGAAGCAUUACGAGCUCGCUGGCGUCGCAGAGGGCUGGGGAGGAGAGGAAGUGGGAACGGGUUGAGACUUGUCGCGUUCUGUGCAGUGGCCCUACAGACGUGGCGCUUGACGUCUUUAUAUACACACUAUCUUUCCCUUCUCCCUUUUUAUUGUACUUUUUAACUCUUUGAUUUCUUUAUUGUACAUUAAAGCCAAAUAAAAGGUGCUUUUUUUCUAACCUGCUCCCUCCCCUGCCCGUGGAGUCUGGAGAUGUGAGGAGUGUGAUGAUAUUGCGCGACGAAGGGGAGGGAGAGGAAGGAAGUGGAUGGCACACCACCUAGUGGACAGAGAGGGAAGUGCAGGCUCGCUGAACUGUCUGAGUAUUUCAUGUCCUCUUCCUCCUUAUACGGAACGGAGAAUCUUCCCCAUGUAGAACAAUUCCGUCUCCCCGUCAAACAUCCCAUGAUGCAUUGCACAAGGGUGAGUCACCCCAUUUUGCAAGAAAUUACACUCUGCUGUGAUUCUUCCAGACUCAACUUUUACAAACAGCAGCAGUGUGCGACUUCCACCUCUCAAACGCAUUCCUUAGCGUUGCGUAGGAUCGCCCUCGUCUGGGUCCGUCCUUCCCUAGUCCCCUAGCAGUGGUCACUGGACUAAAAAGAGUAAUAGAUGAUGACCCACUGUGGACUAACACCUGAUGAAAACUCUAGCAAACUCAACCAAGACUCACUUUUUCUGUAUUUAGUGUUUUUAUGCUAAGCUUUUCUUUGAUUAUGUUCCCGAGGCAUUAAUUUUAUAGGAAA